AUGUGGACUGCCACUGUACUCGGCCUCUUCCUGCUAGGAAGUAGGGCCCAGUUCACGCUGCCGCCAGGAUAUUCCAAUCCUGACCUUCCUCCAGGAUUACCACAGCCCGCUCCACCGUACAUGGUUGAUAAUGUCGGUAAUGGACAUGGGGUCGCACCUGAUAAAGGAAGUAUGAAUGGGCCUGUACUGGGACCGGCACAACUGGACGACCUCUUGAAGCAUCAGAAUCAGUCGACAAAUGCAACAAUCACAAGCCGUCAGUCGGGCUCAUUUUGGCUAGAGUCUAUCUCACAUGGCCGUAUGCCGUUCGCCCCUGGUGGCUACCAGUUUUUCCGGAAUGUGAAGGACUUUGGUGCAAAAGGUGAUGGUGUCACCGAUGAUACAGCAGCCAUCAAUCGGGCUGUUGUUGCAAUGAGCUCAAGUGACUCGACACCAGCUCGGUGUGGCCAAACAUGCGCAAGUACCACGAUGCUUGGAGCAAUGGUGUACUUUCCACCUGGAACAUACAUAAUCAGCACUCCGAUCAUUCAGUAUUAUUAUACUCAGUUUGUUGGCGAUGCAACGAAUAGACCAACACUCAAGGGUGUGCAUAACUUUACUGGAAUUGCCCUAAUCGAUACGGAUGUCUACAUACCCGGUGGUAACGGUGCCGAGUGGUACAUUAAUCAAAGUCAAUUCUACCGGCAGAUAAGAAACAUGAUAUUCGAUUUGACCGCAAUGAACAAAACGAAUCAUGAUUUCGGCCAGGAAUAUGUGCCCACGGGUAUCCAUUGGCAGGUCGGUCAGGCAACCUCAUUGCAAAAUUUGCAUUUUGAGAUGCCUGUCAGUGAUGACACAGCCACUACAGCUGUUGGCGUGUUCAUGGAGAAUGGCUCAGGCGGUUUUCUCAGCGACCUGACAUUCUUCGGAGGCAACAUCGGGUUUCGGGCCGGGACCCAGCAGUAUACUGCGCGAAACCUGCAGUUCACGUCAUGCCUGACUGCCAUAUCACAAAUUUGGAAUUGGGGAAUGACGUGGAAAAACAUCUACGUAUAUUCCUGCUACAUCGCCAUAGACUGUACAAACGUAGGCGGUGCCAACAACCAAGGCACUGGUUCGAUAACUGUAUUAGACUCCCACUUUAAUGGUGUACCAUAUCCAAUCACAUUGAGAAAUGGGGGCCCAUAUCCCAACAUUGUUCUGGAUAACCUGCUGGUAGAAAAUUCUGCAUCUAUUGUACUAAUAUCCGGAGGCGAAACUAUCUUCCCAGGAUCCUCCGGUCAAACAUUUUUUGACUCUUGGGCCAUGGGUCGCAGGUACACGUCACUCAGCGGUGAACAAGACCCCGGUGAUUCAAAAGGCUUUGUGACAGGUUUUCUCUCACCACAGCGCACGAAGCCUGAUGCAUUAACCGACGAUGCUGGAAAGAUCUUUGAGCGGUCUAAGCCGCAGUACGAGAGCGUCGGCGCAGGUGGAUUCGCGGUAGCCACGGCACACGGUAUCGCCAAUGACGGGAGCGGCGACCAGUCAGGAGCUAUCAACAGCCUACUAGCCAGCUCAGUCGGGACGCCUAUUUUCUUUCCCGCUGGUAUAUAUCAGGUCCAGAAUACGGUCAAGGUCCCUGUCGGGUCCAUUCUAGUGGGCGAAGGGUGGGCUCAGAUUAUGGGAACUGGAUCUUAUUUUGAAGAUGCCAAUAAUCCCAACGUUAUGGUACAGGUUGGCCAAUCGGGUGAUGUGGGCAGCAUUGAAAUCUCAGACAUGCUAUUCACAGUAAAGGGGCCGACCGCAGGUGCAAUUCUUAUGGAGUGGAAUGUGAAGGCUUCAUCUCAAGGUUCAGCCGGAAUGUGGGAUUCGCACUUCCGAGUAGGAGGCGCGAAAGGGUCUAAUCUCCAGUCCGGCGACUGCCCAAGCGGAGGAAGCUCGACCAGCAAGUGCAUGUCUUCUUUCAUGCUGUUGCACGUGACAGACUCAGGCAAUGGAUAUUUUGAGAAUAUUUGGGCAUGGGUGGCUGACCACGAUCUCGACGAUGACCGGAAUGCAUACGCAACAGAGGGUCUUGACGGUGUUCCUCGCAAUGUUCUGACGCAGGUAUCCGUGUACGGUGCUCGCGGUGUUCUGAUUGAGUCUCAAGGUCCAUGUUGGUUUCACGGAACUUCGUCUGAGCACAGCAUUAUGUACCAGUAUCAACUCCAAGGAGCAUCGAACAUUUACUUGGGCCACAUGCAGACAGAGACGCCAUAUUUCCAAGCCUCGCCUGACGCGUCACAGCCAUACAAGCUCGGCCAGCUCGAUGGAGACCCAACCUUCAGCGACUGUGCUUCUGGAACCAACUGUGAAGAAGCAUUUGCUCUACGCAUCAUCAAUUCGAACGACGUUUUUAUCUAUGGAGCAGGCUUCUAUAGCUUCUUCCAAAAUUAUGAUCAGUCCUGUGUCCCACAAGAGAAUUGCCAAGAGAAACUCAUCCAAACCGAUUGUACAGAAGGAUUGUGGAUGUAUAGCAUCUUUACCAAAGGUGCGGAGCAAGUUGUGAGUCCAGCAGGGCUUCCACCGGCUCUUCAGAGUGAUAAUCAAGAUGGGUAUACGAGUGAGAUCAGUGCUUGGCUCGUCCUCGCAGAGGGCGGCGGUGGCAUAUGCGGCCUAGGGGACAGCAAAAACGGUUCUGGUGUUGUUUACAUCGACCCUACUAUCUUUGUCGAACCUAGCCCGACGAUAGGCUGUUUUCCGCCUUGUACAUUUGUGUUUCCACCGUCGUCGGUGGUCACUUCAGCUGUCAUAACUCCUAAGCCAGUCACGACAUCGAUUGUGAUUGGUGGGUCGACCAUUACGACUCUAAAUCAAGGUCCAGUGACGGUGACGGUGAUCAGUUUUCUCACACUCAGCAUACCGUCUGGUACAACUACCAGUACCUUUGCGCUCACUCCAGUUUUCCAACCACCGGGAAUUGGUGUUACCGUGGGGACUUCGACAUACACAUGGCCGACAUUACCCACCACGGUUAUCACUGUCAGCGGAAGUACAUAUACAUACUCCGAAGACCAGAUAACUAGUCUAAGCACUCUGCUGUCUCAAACAACUAUUACAACGACUUUCACAGAUUCGCCAAGCUCAGGGUCGUCGAGUUCUUCGUCUUCAUCCACUACUGUUGUCCCGUUCAUCAUUUGGGUCAAUUCAGGCGGCUUUUACUGGUCGCCUGUGCCAGGACCAACUCCGCCUCCCGGCCCCAACCCUCCGCCACUGCCUCCUCGUCCACCGCCUUUGCCAUCAUUUCCCCCGAUUCCAAACCCGCCUUGUUUCAAGUUCCUCGACAUAUUCUCUAUCGAUUGUCCGCCAGAUAAGAGUAAACCCACUACUCACUACACAUCAGAACACCCUACUCCUACCUGCAAGACGAAAUGCGGCACACUCCCAGGCAACGAACAGACCUCAUCCGAGUGUACAACAACGACUCAAACAAUCAAUGGUGCUGUACAUGUUGGCUGUGCACCUGAGCCAACUGAUACUAGCGUGCCGUGCGAUCUCAGCGACGAAACAGGCUUUUGUCCGAAUGGAAACUUCCCUGUCUGGGAUCCCGAAACGCUUUCCUUAAACUGUGACGAUAACAAUGAUGAGGCCGCCGAUGACAUCACGGCUUGUCAAGAUGAUGCAGACGAGGACAUGGACGAUAUCAAAGACCUCAUUGAAUGCGAGACUGAACCGGACGCAUGUACGCCGACCAAGAGGUCCUUGGUCUCAAGGGGUAGUUGCAAGCGCAAGCGAAAACCUUACUAUAUUGACGACCCUAAUCCUGCCGAGCAAGCCUUAGGCUGUGAUACCACGUUCCUUUGCGAUACUGGCAAGUGGCCCAACGUUUGUCUCAAUGCGAAGUCCGCCCAGGAUCUCCGCGGUAAACCCUCCCAUCUGACAUAUUACGGCGAACGUGACAAGUACGGACACGACAUCACAGCAGACUGGUAUAAUACUCACCCAAGUCUCGGUAUAGGGAAAGUGACGGAAAACAACAAAAUAGCCAUGGAAGCUGGUACUGCUACUUUCGGUUCAGGCAGCAGGAAACAGAACCAGCCAUGGGGCGGUUGGGGCUUGUAUGGCUGUGAAGUUGAAGAGUAUCCCUGGGGUAAUAGUUUGCAACCCAACAGUGCACCAAACCCCAUUACCUGGGCUGGCAGGUCCGUUCUACGGUUGAUUCCACAAAAGGAAAAUAGUGGCCACGGUGCGGUGCUAAAAGCCUUGGCAACCUAUGGACAGAAAAAUUACGGACCAAACUUUGUCUAUUGUGUUCGUGUCACAGGGAGUACCCCGGCAGAUUACGGCUUGGAUGCAGCUCAGGCUAGUAACGAGUGUGGAAGGGCUUACGGUGUCCCCUUCAUCCUAGUCAAUGAUAUCAAAGACUCCGAAGCAAGAGCGUUGCCAAACGAACGCAGGUGGGACCCGUGGUUUGAUAGCCAGAAUCAACUGUUCGAGCAUACUAUUAUCUCCCAGGCUCCGCCUGCUGGACAAGCCGGAGCACCUUAUAUCAAAACAACUGUGAUUCCUUCUCAAUAUGGCACAGCGCCUGCUCCUGGACACAAAACAUAUGAUCUGGUCAAUAGUGCCUGGACAACGGCGGCUUCCAACGGUCAACUUAUCGGGAGGGCUGUUCCACGGGACCCGCCUAAUGCCGAUGGCAGCAACCUCAAGUGGGAUACUCCCGGAUCCGUUCACACAAACCCUGCAGGUCAGCAGGUGUUGAAGAAACGCGUUGUUUUCAAGAAUGAAGUGGGACUCCGAGUCAAGGAAGCGCUGAUACAAGAGCGUGCCAGCUUUGAUGUUGUUGAUUCAGGCCAUAACACGACGAACGUGACUAGCGAGCUGGAUAUGGACCAGCUCUUGCCAAGAGAACUUCGUCGUGGCCUAUCAGCUCGUCAGCUUUCCGGUGGCAGUUUCUUAGAUCCUCGUGUGUACACUGACAUUUUGGGAUGCGGCGCUCCUGAUGAGGAUUACUGCUUCACCAAUCUCUGCUACGACGGCGGUGUCAACUUUGGGGUCGGAGAUGGCCAACUGAAGCCCGGGUCUCCGACCAGCCCCUACGCCAGUGGUGGCAACGGAGCUACCAUUACUACGGCUCCGACCCCAACCUGUGUUAUCGGAGAAGAUCCUGACCAGGGAUUGACCACCGCAUUCUGCGAGUGCGACGGGGCCAGUAGUCGGCUCCCUACGUUAACAGGGUCCAGUCCAUGCGCCUACACGGCAUUGCCAACACCUACGCCCACAACGCGUCCGCCAUUAGGCUGCAGACCCGGGGCUGAUCCUGAUUCAGGCGCCACCACUAUGUACUGCAACUGCCCAGGCACCACCCUCCCGACAUUGACCUCCACCUCAGAUAUAUGUGGCUACACAGCAAUUCCUUUCAUUUGUGAGAACGCUGCAGAUCCCGAUAAUGGCAUAGGUCCCUAUUGCGAAUGUUCCGGCUAUCCAGGCACGCUCCCAACCUUGGAGCCAACCUUCACGCCCUAUGAUGCCUGCGCAUAUACGACGGUGCCAGAUCCGUGGCCAUUCCAAGUAACGGACGGCGCGGGUGACAUUAUCGCCUGUCAGUCAAGUUCGCUGUCACAAGUGGCGGGAUUUGAGAUCACUCUGUGUGCGGGAUCUACAUCCACCGUCUACACGGCACCGCCACCUCCUACGGCAGCCCCUACAGCGCCUGCGCAGUACCAGUUCGGCAUAUUUGACGAGAUUGACAGCUAUACAGAUGAUGUCGAUGGCCACGUCCACGUUAUUAUUGACGGCUAUAGCGUGUGGGCGGCUUCACUCAAGGACCGAUGCAAGUCCAGCGGGGACUACCUCGCGGAGGAUAAGGACGGCUACGGCGCGCUGACGUAUGGCUCCUACAUGAACUUCAAAGACGGCAUCUGCGGUGUUGGGUCUAACGGUGGCAUCGUGUGCGAGAGCGGCGACAACUCCAAGACGUGGACCUGCAAGAACCAGGGGGGCAACGGCGACGUUGUCGCCACCUGCAACGCGUACUCGGGUACUGACCAGCUAGGCUGUAGCAAACCGGGUGGGGAUGAUAAACAAACCUUCCUCAAGGUAACCUGCACGGGCGACAUCAAUUGCGAUGCAUAA